ACAAUAUGUCACCAUUUGUGGUGAUGACAUAAAAACCAAACCGCUCAAGUAAAAUAUGUACAUCAUAGAAUAACUUGAAUGGUGGGGAGGGGUAUUAGACAUUGUGUCUCUUCAUGUAUAUUACACUUUUGGAUAGUUGGGGUUUGUUUUUUUAAGACUGGUACACUUUGAUGUUUUGUUGCUGUGUUCUCCAACAUUUUUUGGUCCUUUCCCUUUAGCAUGUGUGCAUACAUAUUUGUACAGUAUUCAAUUGUUCAUACCUGUACCUGUAUAGUAGCAUGCAAUAACAAUUUUGUUGAUAAAAUGAUAAAAGGGGUGCACUUCAUCAUCUAAAAGCUCUUAAUUAAUAUAGAAUGGCCAAACCCAGUGUGCCGUUAUUCGCUAAAAGGAAAAACCAAUUGCAAUGACACAGUUUGGGAAUUUAAUGCCUUACAAAUGUGAGAUAAUGGAAAUUGGAUAUAAAUGGCUGUUUUUAUAUCAUUCACUACAUCAAGCAUAUGGGUGGAUAGGUAGGGUGAUUCUGUUCAAUGUGCUGAUGAUAACAGGAUGGCAGAACAUUACGAUAAGAAUUAUGUUGAGGACAUUUUCCAAAAAAGCAGCCUUUUCCAAGCGUUGAAACCAUUACUAUGGAAUCUAAAGCUGUGUGGCUUGUACCAUAAAAGACAAUGGAGGGUGAAAAAUGGGCAAGGUGACCUCGAAGAAAUUAGAAAGGUUACCCCUUCUCGUAUGUGGAGCAUUUUCUUAAUAAUCAUCCAUUGGCUGAAUACUGGAAAAAGCCUGAUGGCAUUUCAGAGAGGUAAUGAGUUUGGGCCUGAUGUCCUCAUGAAGAUUUUGACAUCAAUGUGGCAUAUCUAUUGCACCAUUUUGUGCAUGAUUAUGUACCGAUGUUGGGCAAAGCCAGAUCAUCUUCCUGGUUUCAUCUAUAAAUGGGAAACACUUUGCAAACAAGACACUGAAGGAACCUUAAGAAAAUUCAAGCACCUGAUUAAAAUUGGGCUAAUCUUUACAUGGGUGACAAUUAUUGGGAACUUUGUCUGUAUUACAUUGUUUGUUCUUCAGACUGAUAUACUUGAUGCUACCUUCAUACCUUUUGAUAUGGAUGAUAACUCUCUAUUUGUUGGGAAACUGGUCACGAUUGUAAUGAGUGGAACAGUAGUCAAUGCAACGUGCAUGUUCUCCAGCCUGUUUCACAUAGCAGUGACAUGGCUUCUGAAUGAGGAAUUCAAAAAGUUUAACAAACAAUUCAAAGAUAAUAUAAGUGAAUGCCAUGGACUAAAAGGCAGCAUUGAGAGCCAUAGAAAACGACACAUGGACAUAUGCCAGCUCGCAGGAUUCGCUGAUGAGGCAUUCAGACUUUACCAUCUUUUGAUUACAGUAGUUCCUAUAACAGCUUGCCUAAUCACUGCAUACAACGCCAUGUACUUAGAUGAGAUCCAUAAUGAUUCAUUUUUAUUGAUAUCCAUGAUAUUUAUGAUCUUUUUGAAUCUAUACUUCAUAAUAGAGGCGCUACUGAUGUGUGCAAUUGUGAAUAACACGGCGCAUGACAUUUAUAAUGAUGUUCAUUCACUAGACCUUGGAGAGCUGGACCAAAAGGAAAUUUUGCAGGUGUCUGUAUUCCUGAACAAGUUAGCUGGACAUCCCGAGCAAAUAGGACUAAAAGUGGCAUGUUUCUACGUCAUUGACAGCCCAACCAUCCUAGCAGUAUUUGGUGUGCUUCUUAGUUAUUUUUUCAUGUUGUUUUCAUUCAAACCAGCCAGUCCAGAGAGUAUGCUACCAGCAGCUUUGCGUAACUGUACAACUGUCUAAAUUAUGAUGAACAUAUAAACCACCAGGUUUAGACAAUGUACUGUGUAUGAGA